AUGGCAGAUUCCUCUGCCGGUACUUUCGAGCAGGACCAGAACAUACCUGCAGCUGCACAGGAUGGCUGCGCUCUUCUCGAGAAUAUGUUCUCGGCUUCUCAGGACCUGCUCGACACGCUGCGUGCUCUGAACGAUGGUACUCCACAAUCAAAUCCCUUCGUAAGACCAUCAGAGGGAUCGCUGCCAAUACUGUCCAACCCGAAAUCUUUAUCAAGUAGCCCUGAGGCUGGCGGCUUGAACAUUCUGCUUGGCAAUACACUCUAUGAAUCAAAAAAUGACUGGUCAAGCAGUAUCAUAAGGCACAUGAUCAUGGCCAACCACAUGUUGCUCUUCAAUACAUAUCUCGCCGCCAUAAUGGCUCUACAACAUGCAGUAAACAAGCAACAUGCCUCUUUGGGCACACCCGACCCACAGCAACAUGCACUUCCACUAGGAGAGAUGCGGACAGCCAUGGUAGCACAAAUGUGCAGCUACUUGAUACAGCGUCAAAUAAAUGCUGUGCAAGCAUAUCUUAACCCAUCAUCUGCCUCGAAACUAUCAGAGCUAAAGCCCUCGGAUCAGGCAACGAUGGGACAGUUGGAAACUGAUGUUCAAAAACGACUUGCGUGUCUGAGGGGAUCUCUUCCUAUGUGA